AUGAUUUCAAUUAAAGAUAGGACAUUUUUUUUGAAACUUAUUUUAUUAAUUUUAUACCUAGAUUUUGCAAUAUGUGCAGUUUGUGACAGUAAUCAACUAUUAUAUACAGAAAUUGGAUGUAAACCUAUUUUUGAAAAUGGUUCAAAUUCUUGUGCAGUGGCAUACGACUGUGAAAACGUGUUUACAAGAUCAAGUGACAACUGUUAUCUUAAUGGAAAUGUGUACUCGCCAAAAGAUAAUAUCUCUCAGAUUGACUCCGAGUUAAGCUUAUGUGUGUCCGGUUGCUUCUGCAAUCAAAAAACGAUUAAUAACAAAACAACAGCUACAUUUGCAUGCGAAUAUGAUCGAUGUCCAUCUUAUUUCUCAUUAUUGACCGACAAUUGUUAUUAUAAAUUUGAUAAAAAUGUAUGCUGUGAGAUUGAAUCGUACUGUAUUGAGAAUGAUAAUGUCACCAUUCAUGAAUGUAUUCACGAUGGCGUAACUUAUAAGGAUGGACAACAAUUUAAAAUUAAAAAUGAUUACCAAUGCGUGUGCUCACCGGAAUUCAAUGGUACGGCUAAUGAUAAAUCCUGUAGAAAAUUUAAAUGCAAUUAUGAGCUUCUUUACAUGGAAAAUAUUUUGAAUCGAGACGCUCCUCUUUAUUAUGAAGAAAAGGAUGGAUGUCCUAUCAACUGGUAUCAAUCUGAAUACGAAUCCGAUAUGGGUACCGUUGAAGUAAAUGGAACCAUUGGUUCCAGUAGCCAUGUGUGCAAAUAUGGGAAUCUUAGUGUACCAAUAGGCCAACAAUUAAAGAUUGACCGACUUUCAAUCAGAAAUUCUGAAUCAGAUACGCACAAAACAAUAUGUACUUGUGAUACCCCACCUUUAAUAACUUGUAUUACGGGUAAAAAAGCUAUUAUGAAUGAUAAAUAUAAUAUGCAUAUAACAUGA